AACGGGUGUAAGUAAGUAAGUAAGUAAGUAAGUAAGUAAGUAAGUAAGUAAGUAAGUAAGUAAGUAAGUAAGUAAGUAAGUAAGUAAGUAAGUUUUGACUUGUGGAUUCAUUUUUGUCUUGAUGAUGAUGUUAAGGGUUGCUCAGACAACAAAUUCUACUUCAAAUGUUACACUGUUGAUGACUUAAAACCAGAUUAGUAUUUAGAAGGUUAAAUAUAUUAAAGUUUAUUUAAACUUGGAAUACAGUUUUUCAGCAAUGUAAAAUUCAUCACAUCGUUACUAACCGAUGAAAUAUCUAUUAUUUGUUUGUAUAAUCAAACCUGAUUAUGUAAUGAUUGUUAUUAUAGAUGAGAUCAAUGAUGGUAUAGUGAAAGCCAGAGAGGCUUAUGCCGAUAUGAGCCAUCUUUGGCGCAUUCGUGACGUUAGUAUGACUGUGAAAGGUCGGAUCUACAACGCGUCGGUGAGAGCAGUUUUGCUCUAUGCUAGUGAAACCUGGUCUCUCCGAGUUGAGGAUGUUAGACGACUCUCUGUGUUUGAUCACCGUUGUCUCCGAAGGAUUGCUGACACCCAGUGGCAACACAACAUUAGUAAUGCAGAGGUUUAGCAUCGUAUGUUCGGGCACAUAGACGAUAAUUCAAUUGGUGUCACUAUCUCGAAACAUCGACUUCGGUGGCUUGAACAUAUUCUAUGAAUGUCAUCCCAGAGAAUUCCACGUCGUGCAUUAUUUGCCGACUCUGGAACUGGUUGGAAAAUGCGGAGAGGUGCUUAGGAACAACCUACUGUGGAAGAGAACAAACCAUAUCCCAGUGGAGGAAGAAAUCAGAAAGAAGCGAUGGUAUUGGAUAGGACACACAUUAAGGAAAGCACCCAACUGCGUCACAAGACAAGCCUUCAUGUAGAAUCCUCAAGCCCAAAGGAAACCAUUACGCCGGGAAAUGGAGAUAGGCAUGAGAAGAAUGAACAAGAAUUGGAUGGAACUAGAAAGGAAGGCCCAGGACAGAGUGAGAUGGAUAAUGUUGGUCGGUGACCUAUGCUCCAUUAGGAGUAACAGGCGUAAGUAAUUAUGGUAUGAAAUGAAGUAACCAAAUGAAUAAUUGGUAAGAAUCUAAUUUAUGGACGAGCCAAUCAUAAGCGUUUGAGGUCACGGCGCCAAUUUCAAUACCUGAUGCUCAGGUACGAUCGCUUACAGCGGAUUUUAGAGAAGAGGUGAUUAUUGAGCGGUUACAAGAGAUGGGAUUACUAAAACGUUCCUUUACCUGUGACUGCGGUGAUCAAAUGACUGCAUUACCGUGUGUAGACUAUCGUGAUGACAUUGUGUUUCGAUGUUCUUUAUGUUGGAGAAAGAAGUCUGCUCGAACGGGGACUUUGUUUGCUCUAUCGCGACUGAGACUGAGGCAAACCAUGAUAAUAGUUGCAAAUUGGAUUAUAAAAGCACCAGUAACACCGGCUGCAACAUUUGCAGAUAUUACUAAGACGUCAGCCGUUAUGAUUAUUGUCGUGAUAUAUGUGCAGUCAAAAUGACACGUCUACACGAGUCAUUCGGAAGAGUCGGGGGUAUUGUGAAAAUAGAUGAAACGGUAGUGUGAAAGCGGAAAUACAAUAGGGGACGUAGUAUCAAGGAAGAUUGGGUAAGUAGCACUUCCGUAAAUAUACUUGAAAUGUACCUGGAAUUUAUCAUCGGUCAACGCAAAAGGGGCAUUUUCAGAUGGUCAGAAACCGGAAAGCAAGCACAAUUAUACCAAUUAUACAGGAAUACGUGCAGCCUGGCACUACGAUAUAUACAGAUGAUUGGAAAGCGUAUAGAUGCCUUCAUAGACUUGGGUAUGUCCAUCAUGUCCUAGUGCAUAAACGCCAUUUUGUCGACCCUACUACCGAGGUUCAUACUAAUAACAUUGGAGCCAUGUAUUCAAGACUGAAGAAGCUUUUAAGACCGUAUCGCGGCUCCAGAGGACGACUAUUAUGGAGCCAUAUGGACGAGUUCCUAUAUCGUAUGCAUUAUGAUUUCAGAACAUCUGAACCUUCAUCAAACCUCAACAAGUUUUUAAAUCAUGUAAAAGAAGAAUAUCC